CGGUCCCAGCCACUCUUUUCGGCGCGUGCGGAGUGGUAGAAGAGACGCCCGGUGUGCAGGCAUGGAUCCCAGCAGCCGGUGGCGGAACUUGCCCAGCGGGCCCAGCCUGAAGCAUUUGACCGACCCUUCUUACGGGAUCCCGCGGGAACAGCAAAAGCCAGCAUUGCAGGAGCUGACGCGGGCGCACGUCGAGUCCUUCAACUACGCCGUGCGCGAGGGGCUCAGCCACGCGGUGCAGGCCAUCCCGCCUUUUGAAUUCACUUUCAAAGAUGAGAGGAUUUCUCUUACCAUUGUGGAUGCUGCCAUCAGCCCACCCACGGUUCCAAAAGGGAGCAUCUGCAAAGAGCUCAACGUUUACCCAGCAGAGUGCCGGGGCCGGAGGAGCACCUACCGGGGAAAGCUGACAGCUGAUAUCAGCUGGGCAGUGAAUGGAAUCUCAAAAGGAAUCAUCAAACAGUUUCUUGGCUAUGUUCCCAUCAUGGUGAAAUCCAAGCUUUGCAACUUGUACAGCCUUUCUCCAAGAGCCCUCAUCGAGCACCAUGAGGAAGCGGAGGAAAUGGGAGGCUAUUUUAUAAUCAAUGGCAUUGAAAAAGUCAUCCGAAUGUUGAUUAUGCCUCGCAGAAAUUUCCCCAUUGCAAUGGUAAGGCCAAAAUGGAAAAGCAGAGGGCCUGGCUAUACUCAGUAUGGAGUUUCAAUGCACUGUGUGAGGGAAGAACACUCUGCUGUCAAUAUGAACCUUCACUACUUGGAAAAUGGCACGGUUAUGUUGAACUUUAUUUACCGGAAAGAACUGUUUUUUCUUCCUUUGGGAUUUGCACUGAAGGCCCUUGUCAGCUUUUCCGAUUAUCAGAUUUUUCAGGAGCUCGUCAAAGGGAAGGAGGAUGACUCUUUCUUGAGGAACUCUGUUUCUCAGAUGUUAAGGAUUGUGAUGGAAGAGGGAUGUGCCACCCAGAAACAGGUCCUUAACUACCUGGGUGAACGCUUCAGAGUAAAAGUCAAUCUUCCCGACUGGUACCCAAAUGAACAAGCUGCAGAGUUUCUGUUCAACGAGUGCAUCUGUAUCCACCUGAAAUCCAACACCGAAAAGUUUUACCUGCUUUGUCUCAUGACCCGGAAGCUCUUUGCUUUAGCCAAAGGCGAGUGCAUGGAGGAGAAUCCCGACAGUUUAGUGAAUCAAGAGGUCCUGACCCCAGGUCAGCUCUUCCUCAUGUUUCUAAAGGAAAAAUUGGAAGCUUGGUUGGUGUCUAUUAAGAUAGCUAUAGAUAAGAAGGCUCAGAAAACCAGUGUGUCCUUAAACACUGAAAAUUUGAUGAAGAUUUUAAAUCUGGGAAUAGACCUCACCAAGCCAUUCGAAUACCUUCUUGCUACUGGGAAUCUACGUUCUAAAACAGGUCUUGGCUUCCUGCAGGAUUCUGGACUCUGUGUCGUGGCUGACAAGCUGAACUUCAUACGCUACCUCUCCCACUUCCGCUGUGUGCACAGAGGGGCUGAUUUUGCCAAGAUGCGGACGACCACGGUGCGCAGGCUACUGCCGGAGUCCUGGGGCUUCCUCUGCCCCGUGCAUACCCCUGAUGGGGAGCCCUGUGGUCUGAUGAACCACUUAACCGCCACGUGCGAGGUCGUCACCCAGUUCGUGUAUACAGCCUCCAUUCCAGCUUUGCUCUGCAGCUUGGGGGUCACUCCCGUGGACAGUGCGCCACAUCGGCAGUACAGCGAGUGCUACCCUGUCCUCCUGGAUGGCGUCAUGGUUGGCUGGGCAGACAAGGAGCUCGCUCCUAGCAUCGCUGACUCCCUCCGAUAUUUUAAGGUGUUGAGAGAAAAAAGAAUUCCUCCCUGGAUGGAGGUGGUCCUGAUCCCCAUGACAGGAAAACCAAGUCUGUACCCAGGAUUGUACCUUUUCACCACGCCUUGCAGACUGGUGCGGCCUGUGCAGAACCUGGGAUUAGGCAGAGAAGAACUAAUUGGAACUAUGGAACAGAUCUUCAUGAAUGUUGCCAUCUUUGAGGAUGAGGUUUUGGCUGGAGUUACCACCCACCAGGAGCUCUUCCCUCACAGCCUGCUGAGUGUGAUCGCCAACUUCAUCCCGUUCUCCGACCACAACCAGAGUCCGAGGAACAUGUACCAGUGCCAGAUGGGUAAGCAAACCAUGGGCUUUCCUCUUCUCACGUUUAAAGACCGAUCAGAUAAUAAACUGUAUCGGCUUCAGACUCCACAAAGCCCUCUAGUGAGACCGUACAUGUAUGAUUAUUAUGACAUGGAUAACUACCCAAUUGGGACAAAUGCCAUUGUUGCUGUCAUUUCUUACACUGGCUAUGAUAUGGAAGAUGCCAUGAUUCUGAAUAAGGCCUCUUGGGAGCGAGGCUUUGCCCAUGGAAGUGUCUACAAGUCUGAGUUCAUAGAUCUGUCUGAAAAAAUUAAACAAGGUGAUGACAGUCUGGUGUUUGGCGUCAGACCUGGUGACCCACGGGUUGCGCAGAAGCUGGAUGAUGAUGGAUUGCCGUUUGUUGGAGCACAGCUGCAGUAUGGAGAUCCGUAUUAUAGCUACCUGAACCUCAACACCGGGGAAAGCUUUGUGGUGUACUAUAAGAGUAAAGAAAAUUGUAUUGUGGAUAACAUCAAGGUGUGUGGUAAUGACACCGGAAGUGGCAGGUUCAAGUGUGUUUGCAUCACGAUGCGAGUCCCUCGGAACCCAACUAUUGGGGAUAAAUUUGCCAGUCGUCAUGGGCAGAAGGGCAUCUUGAGCAGGUUGUGGCCGGUGGAGGACAUGCCAUUUACAGAGAGCGGGAUGGUCCCGGACAUUCUGUUCAAUCCUCACGGUUUUCCAUCCCGCAUGACCAUCGGUAUGUUGAUCGAGAGCAUGGCAGGAAAGUCUGCAGCUUUGCACGGUCUCUGCCAUGAUGCUACACCCUUCAUCUUCUCAGAAGAGAACUCAGCCCUGGAAUACUUUGGUGAGAUGCUGAAGGCUGCCGGCUACAACUACUAUGGCACCGAGAGAUUGUACAGUGGCAUCAGUGGGCUGGAGCUGGAGGCAGACAUCUUCAUAGGCGUGGUUUAUUACCAACGCUUACGCCACAUGGUCUCGGACAAAUUCCAAGUGAGAACAACAGGAGCCAGAGACAGAGUCACUAACCAGCCUAUUGGGGGAAGAAACGUCCAGGGUGGAAUCCGUUUUGGGGAGAUGGAGCGGGAUGCUCUCUUAGCACAUGGUACAUCUUUUCUCCUUCACGACCGCCUCUUCAACUGCUCGGAUCGGUCGGUGGCCCACGUGUGUGUGAAAUGUGGCAGUCUGCUCUCCCCGUUGUUGGAGAAGCCACCCCCGUCGUGGUCCGCCAUGCGCAACAGAAAGUACAGCUGCUCUCUGUGUAAUCGCACUGACACCAUCGACACGGUUUCCGUGCCUUAUGUCUUUCGGUAUUUUGUGGCUGAACUGGCAGCUAUGAACAUCAAAGUGAAACUGGAUAUCGUUUAAUUUGAUGCUGGCCUUUGGGUCAGGAUCACUGUUGGGUUAAAACAGAAUGUAACUUUGUAACUUUAGUUCAGUGAGGCUAUUGAUGGGUUACUUGGGAGCUUUUCAAGGUUUUCAGAGCUCUCAGCCAAGACCCGACAACUAAGAAUUUGGUUUCUGAGUUUCUCUGUCAUAAUUACUACUGAAGAUCAUUUUCAGUAUAUUUGCUCAGAGAUUCCAUAAGUAUCUUUUUUUAAAAUAGUACAUUGAUAAAAAGGAAAUUCAGGGAAAAGUCUUUCCAACCCCAUGUUCUUUUAUCCUGCUUUUACCAGCAGUGACUCUCAGACCUUUAUUUGUCCAUGUGGAGCACAGCAGCCCAGUAUAAAUACAGUAUAAGUCAUAUGUGUAACUUUAUAUUUUCUUAUAUCCACAUUAAAGUAAUAACAAGAGGUAGGACUGUUUUUAACAGCUUUGUUGGAGUGAAAUUGUUACACAAAAAAGGCACCUAUUUAAUGAAUAUAAUCUAGUGGCUUGAACAGAAGCAUACACCUGUGAAGGACCACCACAAUCAUGGUAAUAAACACCACCUCCAGAAGUUU